AUGGAAAUCACUUUUAUACCGGAAACGACGAACAGUUACUGCCGAACAGACCUUUACAUGUGGUGCUGAAAGAUCAGAAUAACAUACGAAGAUGGCAGCCUACAAUUUUAAGAAAAUAACGGUGGUUCCACCUGUCAAGGAUUUCCUUGACAUAGUGUUGUCAAAAACACAAAGACAGACACCCACAGUUGUCCACCGACAUUAUAAGAUAUCACGAAUUCGUGGCUUCUACAUGCGAAAAAUCAAGUUCACUGUGCAGACUUUUCGAGAUAAACUGACAAUGAUCUUAAAUGACUUUCCAAAACUUGAUGAUCUGCAUCCAUUUUAUGCUGACCUUCUAAACAUCCUAUAUGACAAGGAUCAUUACAAGCUGGCUCUUGGACAAAUCAAUACAGCCCGACGUUUGGUUGAAAAAGUUGGCAAUGAGUAUGUAACCCUUAUGAAACGUGGAGACACGCUUUACAGAUGCAAGCAAAUGAAGAGGAUAGCACUUGGCCGCAUGUGUACCAUUAUGGAGAGGCAGAAACGGAACUUGGAGUACUUGGAACAGGUGCGUCAACACAUCUCUCGUCUUCCAUCCAUCGAUCCAAACACUCGCACCCUUCUUAUCUGUGGCUUUCCAAAUGUUGGCAAAUCCAGUUUCAUAAAUAAGAUUACAAGGGCUGAUGUGGAAGUGCAGCCAUAUGCUUUUACCACAAAGUCUUUAUAUGUCGGUCAUACCGACUUCCAUUAUCUCAGGUGGCAAGUAAUAGACACACCAGGUAUCCUGGACAGACCCUUGGAGGAACGCAACGCUAUCGAGAUGCAGGCCAUUGCAGCACUGGCACAUAUCCAUGCUGUUGUCUUGUAUAUUAUGGAUGUGUCUGAACAGUGUGGGGAAUCUUUAGAGAAUCAGUUUCAUCUUUUUGAAAGCAUCAAGCCCAUGUUUGCCAACAAACCUCUCCUUAUUGUCUGCAACAAGAUAGAUGUUAUUGGCAUCAAUGAACUGCCAGCUGAAAAACAGAAAAUCUUGAAAGAGGUGGAAGCUGCUGGGAUUCCUCUUUUGGCUAUGAGCACACUUACAGAGGAUGGAGUGAUGGAUGUUAAAAAACAGGCUUGUGAACGGCUUCUUGAACAUCGAAAAAUCCACAGUAGCCUAAGCAAGAAGUUUACUGAUCUUGCUGGCAGACUGCACGUGGCCAUGCCAGUGAAGCGGGAUCAGAAGGCACGACCACCCUGUAUACCUGAAAGUGUGCUGCAGAGAAACAUCAUAGCAGGAGACACCAAACGCAGAAAAUUGGAAAGGGAUAUUGAACUGGAGGAGGGAGAUGAUUAUAAUCUGGAUUUACGCAAAACAUGGGAUCUACACAACCCAGAGGAGAAGUACGAUGUCAUUCCUGAAAUUUGGAAUGGAAAGAACAUCGCUGAUUUUAUUGAUCCUGAAAUCAUGCGGAAACUCGAGGAGUUAGAAAAAGAAGAGGAACUGAGGGAAAAUGCAGGAUUAUAUGACAAUGAUGAAGAAAGUGAUGACGAUGACAUGAAAGAAUUGAGAAAAACUGCCAGAAAAAUCCGUGAAAAGCGACAGAUCAUAGUUAUGGAGUCACGUGAAAAACGUCGUGUGGAGAAAUCUCGCAUGCCACGCACAGGGAGGAAGGUCAAUCCAAAUGAAAUGGAAGAAGAAUUGGGAAAACUUGGUGUGGACUUUGACUCAUCUAAGGAGACAAAUUUUGCACGUUUGCGGUCAAGAAGUGCUAGCAGGAAAGCUCUGAAACGCAAACGUGAAGAAUCAGCAAAACCAAGGUCUCAGACACGCAGCCUUUCACGGCCACCACGUGACAAGUCAGGCAUGAGAGAUGAAGUGAUGGUGAAGAAAGCUAAGAAAGUUGCAAGAAAGGCUCAGCAUCCCCAAAAUCUGAGUGCCAAGAAGGGAGAGGGUGAUCGUGUAAUUCUGAACAUGAAGCCAAAGCACUUAUUCUCUGGGAAGCGCAAACAAGGAAAGACCACCCGCAGAUAAAUCUGUGUGCCAUUGUGAGAGUGAUGCAAAUAUGAAACUAUUUGCUGUUGUGCAGAAAUUGAACAACUUUCUGAAGUAAAGGUUAUAUGUGGUAUUGAA